GGUUGCUUUCUUCCUUCCGUCCACCCGACUUCCCUUCAGCAUGAGCUUCACUGGCAAAUACGAAGUUGAGAGUGAAAAGAACUAUGAAGAGUUCCUGAAAGCUUUGGGACUUCCCAGUGAUGUCAUUGAAAAAUAUAGGCACUUCAAGACAACCACUGAGGUGAUUCAGGAUGGGAAUAACUUUACCUGGAUCAAUAACUACCCAGGAGGUCACACUGUGACAAACAAAUUCACUCUUGGCCAGGAGGCUGAAAUGGAGACCAUGGGAGGCAAGAAGUUCAAGGCCACAGUGAAGAUGGAGGGGAACAAGAUUGUGGCUACCUUCCCCAACUAUCAGCAAACCUCAGAGAUCGUCGGGGGAAAACUGGUGGAGGUGAGUCUGGGGUUCACCUCAAGAAAUCCGUGGUGCUCCCUGAGCUUUUGGCAGAAUUUGUAUCAACUGACAUGUCAGUGAAUGAAGGGGCCCUUCUGAGGCAAAAAUCUGGUACCCUUCCUGUUUGUUAUCACAGGCUCU